AUGUCUCCACUAUCUUCUCGUCCAGCUCCAUCUCUCGGCGACAACGGAUUGCUUUCGAGUGUCUCCAGAUGUCGUAGCCUUCUACCAGCUCCAGUAUCGAAUUCUGAGGGCUCCACCUCUGGUUCCGACCAAGGACCAUCUCUACCAUCCCUCCGUCCCCGAGCCAACCUGACAAAGAUCGCCUGCGAAUCGUGUCGGAAACGAAAGGCCAAGUGCUGUGGCGAACGUCCGAAAUGCAGGGGUUGUAUCAACAGAGGUGUCCAAUGUCAUUACCAGGAUUCAGGCCGGGACCAGCAUGUCCUAAAGCGAAAGUACGAUGAGAUACAGAAAAAGGCCAAUACCUACGAACAACUCUACCACCUCCUGACGUGUCUGCCGGAGCGGGAGGCUCAGGGCAUCCUCCGCAGACUUCGCGAGGGCGCCGACGUCGCCACAACCACGCGGCAGGUGAAAGACGGCGACCUUCCGCUACAGCCAGCAUGGUCGCCAGAGACACGACUUCAUUAUGAGUUCCCUUAUUCCACUUCUAUGCCGGCUGCUCUGUUAUCACCGGACAACCCGUAUCUCGGCUCACCAGUAUUCGAAAUUACGUCCCACGCUCUGCCGCAGUCAGCAGAGCAAACGGAGGUUUGGGCAAGCCAGUCCGAGAUGUCGAGUAAAUACCGGCCGCUGCUUCCUAACACUACACCAGCAUCGAGUUCAACAGAAGAUGCCUCCGGCUCUCAGUCUCAAUCUUCGCUUUCAGGCCUUGUCCAGAUCCCCCGAACGGGAAUUCGUGCGGCCUGCGAAUCCUGUCGAGAGAAGACGCGGUGCAAUGGCGGCCGGCCUAUGUGCAAUCGCUGCAUUGAAACCACCACAGAGUGCAUCUACCGCACCGAUGAGGAGGAAAAGAAGGUAUCAGCCCUGGAAAGGCGCAAUGGCGAGGUGAUCGCGGAGUUGGAACAGCUGCGCGAGCUAUCCCUUGAGUUGUGUUGA